AAACAUAGCGGUGCGUCAUCACAUGUGUGUAUAAACAAACGGAUGCAACGGCUGAACAGUUAUAUAUUCAUCCCUGUAAGCGAGCUUGACAGCAUGUUAUUUAACCAUCUGAAAGCCUUUUAAUAUUAUACGGCACUUUUGUCUGCAAUCUGAUGUUGGGGAUCGAUAUAAAUGACUCGAUAUGAAAGACACUCUUCUUCACGUUCCCAUUAAAACACUCGCAGUUUCCCUCCAUUAGUGCUGUCUGCUGAGAAUGGAUGAAAAGACUAUGAGACUGUCCAUUUGAUAUAUUUACUCGACCCAUAUUUAUUAGACCCAUGCUUUUAGAAUUGAUUGCUAUAGCAAACACUUCUCAGAUCAUUUAGAUCAUUUCACUGCAAUGAAAAGUAAAGAUUUGGGAAGAAAUGCAUCUGACAACUUGACAAGUCUGCUUGGAUUUUGGCCUUUGCUAGUUCUUCAUCGCUGUUGGAUUUAAUGUCAUGAAGAGCCUCUGAAAUAACUGCGUGAAAAGGACAGAAAAGAUGGAUUGGCAGAGUGAAUUCCUGCAUGACCAUGCAUUUGUGGAGCUGCAGUUGGAAGGAAUCCCUGGUGAGGUGGACAUCCAGAACCUGAUCAGAGACACAGAGGAGAAACUCAGACUCAAUGCCUGCAGUAUUGAGCAGAACCUAAAGGAACUGCAGGCCAAGGUUGGUGAGUCUUGCAGCGGAGAGAGAGUGCCCAGUCCAGUAGAAUGCCUCCAGUGGUUCAGUCAGCGUAACUUGGGCAUCCUGAAACCAGUGGCUACGGGACACCAAGAGCUGUUGGACUUCCUUCGAGCCAUGCAAAACUUGCUGAAGACAGAGGAGGCUUGUGAUGAGGCCGUUCUGCAGUUACUGCUGAGCAUCUCUUCUCAGUGUGGUGUUGCUUUCCCUACUUCCUGCCCAUCAUCUACCCAAGAGCAUUCCCCAAUCCCUGCCUUGUCCACACCACAUGAUGACCUUGCUCUGGAGGUCCAGGAAGCAUGGGAUGAUGUUCGUUUCUCAUUGCGGAACCACUUACUUGGCAAACUCCAAAUGAUGGCUGAACCAAGCCAGACUGAGGGAGAACUGGGUGUUGGGGCUAAGGUUCCUCAGAAGGUCCUGUACCUUCAGCAACUGUUAUUUCUCUACCCUGAUACAAAGGUCCUCAGCUGGUACCAGCACCUUCAGAUCAAGGCGGUACUCAGUGUUCUCCGUAGCUGCCAGAGCUGUAGCCCAGGUGGCGAGAAAGGCUUCGACAGACUGACUCUAGGCUUUCAAACUGCCUCGCCAACUCUUUGCUCAAUGCUCCGAGAGGAUAUUCAGGUGCUUAAUGGGAUUGCGGAACCACAUAACAUCCUGGCCUUUCUCAACCACGUCUACCUGAACACAGUGGCACAGGAACUAGGCGUGCUAAUGGAGAAGGAGAUUGAGACGGCACUAAAAGACAACACCACACACAGCAGCAAAGGAGGCAAGACAUCAAGCAAGAAGUCUGCAGUAGCUCCUCAGGAUCUUCCCCAAAGAGGGCGCAACUUCUGCCUCACCUCCCAUCAGAUAAGGUGCCUGACCCAGCUGACCUCCACCUUACUGGAGCUGGAAAAAACUGUGGAGGACCUGGCAACCCAUCUGGGUUUCCUUAACUGCGCUGGAGAAUCAGUCUGCAGUGUCAAAGGGGUCCUGAAGAAGGUCAGGGAUGAUAUGGAGGUGACGGCAGCAGAAGACAAAGCCGCUACUGAUCUUGUGCUGCAAAGUACAGAGGUGGUGAGUCUUGAGUUUGGGUGGAGGGCUGCGUUCAGAAACCUCAUUCCUCAGAUGGCUCACUGUGUGAAGGUGGUGUUGGAUGACGUGUGCAAUAAGAAUCUACAGCAAGAGGAAGCCGCACAUGCAUUGGACUCUGCCAACGUCUCCAUAACCCCUGUUACCCACAGACAUGGUCCAGAGAGAGACUCUCCCAAAAUGGUGGCGAAGUUCUGUGCAGACGUCCUGGAGCAGAUGGAUGCUUUUCUCCCUCUGGCUGUGGCAUUUAGAGAGGACACCCUGCUGCCCGUGUGCUCCAGCUACGUGGAGGUGUGUGGCCGUGUGGCAUCUUUCCUACUGACGAGGCUAGAGGAAAGAGCAGGGGAAGUGCCGGCCUCAGCUCCCCUCAAGAACCUGCCUAUUCUGAUGGCCACCAGUGUCUACAUUCACCAGACACUCACUCACUAUGAAAGCCAGCUCAGAGAUCCCACGCGCAUGCCUCUAACUCUGCUGCCGAUUCAGAGAAGCCAGAAUGUGAUGGCAGCCUUGCACGAUCACCUGACCAGCUACUGCGUCCAUGUGUGUGCCACUAGUAUACUGCAGGAUGCAGAGAGCCACUACUGGAGUGACCCCAACCCAUUUUACGAGGGUGAAAGGUGUUCUUUCUCCAUCCAGAUGUGGCACUAUUUUCUCACAGGCUUGCGCUGUGACCUUUGGGACGCUGUUGCCCCCGUGCAGGCCCGGCAGACCUUGGCCCAGGUGCUGUGUGAGACCCUGGAGGUCUUAGUUCAGAGGUACUCAAGAGCGCGACCCUCCUACAAAAGACUCCCCCAGAUCAGGGUUGAUAUUACAGCUAUUCUGCUGUCCGUGGAGCAUCUGAUGUGGAGUAUGUGUGACUCUGUGGAGGAGUUGCUAAGGCCAGAUGCAGCCCGUGGAUCUUGGAUGUGGUCCAUACACAGCCUGUGUAACCAGCUACUGACCGUACUGAUCAUCCUUACAUCACCUCUGGCAGAGCUGCACAGGGUUUUUCAGGGAGGCUGUGGUGGAGGAGGCAGCAGAACUCCAAAAUUUCCAGAGGGAGUGAACAGUCGUGACAUAAUGUGGCUGAGCGUAACGAACCCUACACUGUUCACAGAGGAGCUGCUGAGGGAUUUUCUAGCAUCUGAGGGAUCUUCUUUAUGUCUGUUUGAGCUAUUGGUGUCUGGACCCUGUUAUAAUCCAGCACUACUUCUGCAGACCAUCCUUCACAAAGACUGCUUACUGCUACAGAUCAUCAUCUCAUACUCAUGUCUCUGUGUGGACAGAGGAAUAGAGGUGUCCCCUGAUACUCAGACAGCAGCUGCAGAGUUUUUAGAAGCUGUUUUUGCCAUCCUGUCCUCCCUAAACUACUUCCCCAGGGCUUUAAGUCGAGCGCUGGAGGGAUACCUGGACCGGAAACACCUUUGGGAACACUUUUACAACUUAACAGACUCCAGUAAAGAGGAGCCAGCCUUGUUUAAAUACAUCAGGUCCAUUGUUUGUGAAUCCACUACCAAACUCCUGAUCCACCUGGUCAGCAUGGUGCAGGAAUAUAAAGACCAGUCUGGACCCCUGGUGCGACAACACCUAGCCGAGAAUGUCCUAAGCAAAAUCCCAAAAGAAUGGAACUACAUUCUACAAGAUCCCAAGCUGAAUGAAACCAACAUGAGCAGCAUAAAUCUAGCUAUCCAAGCCCUCUCAUUUAUCUUCACCCACCUUCCAUCAACCAUAGCCUCCCUUCCCCUGCCUGUGCGCUUCCUGUUCACCGUGGCUGAGAAGAGGCUUUCCCAGCAUGCCAGACAGCUGAGGUCUACCGGCCUGCUCCUCUGGGUCCUGUUGGUCUGCCUCUGUCAGGAUCUAGAAAACGGUGACACCCUGGAGCUCCUGUCUGGACAGCCCCUAGAGAGAGGGGCAAAGGAUAGGCUGAAUCUGCUAUCAGAAUGUCUGCAGGUCAGCCUGGGCCAGCAGAAGGGCGUUCCCAAGCCUCUGGUCCAUAAGGUGCUCCAGGGCCUGGAAGAGAAGAGGCCCAAAUGGACCUCCAUGCAGCUGCAGAAGGCACGAAAGCUUUGCUGCGAGAGUGUGUUGGAGCGUGUGGAGAGCGGCCCGGCGCAGGAUAGAGGUGGGCCCGCGGAACUGACUGAGCAUAAAAUAAGGCAGUUGCUGCUGGAGCUGUGCCAUAGAGCAGGUGGCAGCCAGCACCUCCGGCAAAUCCAUCACAGCAUCCAGCUCAAUGAGGGUUUACUGAGGUCCGUCCUAUCACCUCUUUCAAAGACGAAUACACUUCCGGACUCCCCAUUGGGACCUGUCGUAUUCUCCUCUGAAGCAAGCAACCAAAACCACCAUAAAUCCCAGUUUAACCCCUUCACCGAGUGCAAUUCUAUCGGCCCUAACAAGUUUGAUCAGGCUGCUAUGGGUGAGAGGGAGUGGGAUUGGGCCCAACUGCUGCCAGCCUAUCAGAGCACGAGUCAGGUGACCUUCACGACGCUCCUCGCUAACAGGCAUGGUGUGAUUCAUCAGGGAAGCCAUGCUUUUAAUCAGCCCAUUAAAAAUGGAUGGCAAGCAGAGGGCUGGUGUAAGAGAUCUCAUUUGGAGCAGUGUGAGAUGGUGUGUGUGUGCAUGUGUCCGUGCAUGUGCUGAAAGGAUGGUAAGGAUGAGUGCCUUGCAGGCUCUUUCUCUCUUUUUUUGCCUGUGUGUGUGUGUGUGUGCUUUGUGUGUGUGUGUGUGUGUGUGUGUGAGGUUUGAUGCUAAUCUCUUCUGGCUGCUGAACCAACAGUUCAAGUUCUGUAUCUCCUUUUUUGGAGUAUUCAGGUCAAAACAACAAACAAACAAAAUGACUUAAUUGUCUCAACAGGUUUGUAAAACAUAUCUUUUUCUCUUGUAUUUCUUUUACAUUUGAGGAGAGAUUGUUGAAUACUUUCUCCAAUCUCAGUUUAAUGUGUAGAAGACGAUAAGUAAGUAAUUUGUAGACUUGUGUUGUUUUUAAAACAUUGCUCUGUUCGUUUGAGUAUCUGACCAGCAACAAGGCACAACCAAUGGGGUGAGUUUGGGGCGGAGCUAUGUGUUUAUCUGGCCAAUUGAAGACAGAGGGUGUGUUCAGGAAACCUGUCUGAAAGUCAUAACAAAGUCCCUUUCAAUGAAACACGAUGACUUUGCCAAUUGGCUCUUUUCUUUUUUUUCUUUUUUUUAGAAAGGCGAGACUUAUUCUGCCAUUUUGUGCAUUUUCUUACUUUCUUACUUACUUUCUCCCAUUCAUAGUGCUAUGAGUGAACCAUCUUGGUAGUCCCAUUAUUGUUCACUACACUUAUAACAUAGUUAACAUGAAAUCAAAACUCACCAGUUUGACUUUUGUUUUGACUUUUUACGUGUUCUUGGUCUUUUUAUGAAUAAUUCAUGUUCAUGUUCAUGUCUUUCUAAUCUUCCAUCAAAAUGUAAUAACUUUCUUGUUGCUGAUGUCAUCUAGGCAGCGCAAGCUACUGUCAAAUAGCUGUUUUAGUCUGCUGGUCCUAAUAAUGUAGACUGAAAUCUUGUCAGUAGUUAACACAGAAUAAUUUAAUACAGGUUAAUGGUAAUUUAAUUAAGGUUAUGACAAUUUGAAAAAAAAAUUAUUAGCAUAUGUUGAUACACAUAAAGAACUUAACAUUUAGUUUCCAUGUCUCACUCAAAACAUCUUCACAAACAAGUGGCAGAAGGAAUGGGACGUAUAUAAAAAUAGUAAAUUGUAUGAAAUAAGCCCUAGUAUUAAAGGGUUAGUUCACCCAAAAAUGAAAAUUCUGUCAUUAAUUACUCACCCUCAUGUCGUUCCACACCCGUAAGACCUUCGUUCAUCUUCAGAACACAAAUUAAGAUAUUUUUGAUAAAAUCCGAUGGCUCAGUGAGGCCUGCAUUGACAGCAAGAUAAUGAACACUUUCAAUGCCCAAAAAGUUACUAAAGACAUAUUUAAAACAUUUCAUGUGACUACAGCGGUUCAACCUUAAUGUUAUGUAGUGACGAGAAUACUUUUUGUACGCCAAAAAAACAAAAUAACGACUUUAUUUAACAAUAUCUAGUGAUGGGCAAUUUCAAAACACUGCUUCAUGAAGCUUCGAAGCUUUACGAAUCUUUUGUUUCAAAUCAGUGGUUCGAAGUGUGUAUCAAACUGUCAAAGUCACGCCCCCCAGUGGUGAACCAUUGAAAUUUUGAAACACUUAUGACGUAACAAAGCCUCAUUUACUGAAAUCACGUGACUGUGGCUGUUUGAUACACGCUCCGAACCACUGAUUCAAAACAAAAGAUUCGUAAAGCUUUUCAUAAUGUAUCAGCCAAAUGUGUUUCAGAUUUUUUUUGUCUCAUUUGAAGUUUAAAUGUUAUAUAUAGUAAUUUAAAUUGUAUGGAUUGUGAUGAUGACCUUGUGUUUGCCAUGUACAUGGCCCUGAUGCUAACACAGCAUUAAAAACUUAACAAACAAACUCAAAACAGCUUCACAAAAGUGGUCUUUCAGGAGGGAAAAGUCAUCCACAAUCCACAAACUCAUAUUGGUUUGAUUCAAAUCUGGUCCAAUGAUCUAAUCAAUUUUGGAUGGAUUUUACCAAUCUUUAAUUUCACUCAGAAAUAUGCCACAUUUUGGAAGUAAAAUUGGUUUUAAAUUAUAUUGACUUUAACAAUAAGAGUUUCAAGAAUUUUGGUAUAUUGAAUGCAAGCUUCUAGAAGAGAUCUUUGAAAAAUGCAUGAGAUAUUGGGAAAAAGUGACAGCACUAUGUACUAUAUGUAUCACUCUGAAAGUUUUUGGGAUGAAUGGCACAUUGGUACUCCUAGCUUAGUGCAGACUGGAUACGUGCCCAGCCUCUGGGAACCCAUCAUAGCCUGGCAAAUGUGUGACACGCUGGCACAGAUGCCAGUCCAUGUGCCCACAUUCUACUGGAAUUGGGCUCCCGGUUGAGAUGUGAUCUAAGCGAUGAUGCUCUAACUAUUGUGUGGGUGUGUGUACAUGAGCGUGGAAAAGUAGAAUAAUACAGCAACAUCGGAAAGUGAGAACUGUGUCGAUUUUACUGAGAAUUGGUGCAUCUCUCCAACAGAGAAAUAAUAUCAACUCCCCACAUGCCAUUCCCGAACUCUGUGCACACACAGAUUUUGUCUGUGUCACUCUGCUGAGAGGGCACUUUCUCAUAGCUCAUUAGGAACAGUGGGGUCUCUCUCUCUUCCUCUCUCUCUCUCUCUCUGCUCUUGUGAAAGUCCUUUUCUCACUCUCCCACAGCUUUAUACUGACACACACACACACACACACAGUGUUGGCAGCCAGCCUUGUUCUACAGAUUGAUUGGCCCACCUGUUCACCUUUCCUCAUCUUUACAGUCCCAGUGUCUAUUUUAACUCUGUCCCAGAACUGGAGGUACAUGAUGUACCUGCUUAACCUUUUUUUUAGAGCAGAAAUGAAUGGCGGAUUCUGUUCUCUGGAUUCAAAAUAAGACAAAUUUCGCUUUUAACUCUUUAAAGUGUUCAUCCAAACUAGGUUUUUCUUUCAUUAUUUACUAAUCUUUAUGUCAUUUCAAAUAUGUAUGAAUUUAUUUUCUUUAGUCGAGCACAAAAUUAGAUGUUUAACAGAAUCCUGCUUGUCUCCAUAUGAGGAAAAUGGACAGUGAUCAACACCGUCAAGGACAAAAUACUGUAGCAUUAUUAAAACACCAUUGAAGUCAUCCAUAAGACUUGUUCCUCACAGAGUUGUGUACAGUAUAUGACUUCAGAGGAGUUGGCAUACAAGGCAUGAGUCAUAUGGACUACUUUUGUGAUACUUUUAUGGUGUUUUUGUUUUGUUUUGUUUUGUUUUUUGGAGCUUGUCACAAUUCAUUGUAUGGAAAAGAACAGUUUUUAAAUGGGUUUUAAAUGACAUGAGGGUCAAUAAAGGAUGACCAGAUUUUCAUAUUAUCUUGUGUUGUUUGAUGAAUGAACUUGGGGAGAUUUUUGGACAGAGAUUAGCACUGAUAGGAGACAUGCUGUUGGGACAUAUUAUGACAUCUAGAAGCUUCAUACUCAUGUGUGUUGAAUUGAGGAGGUUUGAUUAAAAAAAGUCAUGAAAUAUGCAGUAGAUGGAUGCAGGUUGUGUGUAUGUGUGUACAGUAAAGGACACCAAAUCUUGGUGGCUGUUGUCACAUUAUGUCUUUGCCCCAAGUUGCCACUGUGGUGUAAUCCACACAAACAUACAGAUCAGUGACAGGAAAUUGACUUAUAUGCUGCUUUUAUUUACUUACUUAAUUCGUCGCCUUGGAAUUAUAAGCUUCUAUCUGACAUUUUUGUCAAAAUUGUGUCAUACAUUAUGUGAUGUUUUUUUUUUUUUUUUUUUUUUUUUGUGUGUGUGUGUGUACAUUCUGUGACUUUUUAAAAAAAAAACAUAAAGGUUCUAUCUACAAAGGAGUAUGGAAUGCAAAAACUUUGAGGCUCAAUAUCUCAAAACUGAUCAGAAUGCAGAUAGAACCUUAUAAUUCCAAGGUUGUUCAUUCAUUCAUUCAUUCAUUCAUUCAUUCUGUGCUGAAGCAAAAUACUGUUCAUGGUAACUUCAAAUGAAUUACAUUUGGCAAUUAAAGCUACAGUCCGUAAGUUUUGCCUCUUUGUCGCCAUCUCUGUUUGAAACCUGCAAUUGCAGUUAUUUGUGGAAUUAUAAUCUUACGUGGGUUGUGCAUCGGCACGACUCCUCAGCGUGGAUGAAUCUAAUGUUUGCUGUCAGUUUUCA